GAAAUGACGUCAUCUCGUUUGUUUUGGAAGCGAAAACGGCGUCAGAUUUAAACGGAAUUUCCCAGCAACACUCCUAGUCACAUGAUAUAUCAUUGGAAAGCCCAGGAUGUUCUCUUUACAACACAACAUGAUUCAAGUGAAUAGCUUGAAAGAGUAAGAGGGUGUGCACGUAAAACUACUAUCAACUACAGAGGACACAAGUCUAUGGAUGAAGCGGACAGUAGCAGGAUGCUGAGAUCAUGUCUGAGAGUUGGCAGACGCAGCGAGGUGAUGAUCGAGCUCGUGACCGGGCAAGGCGCAGAAAUGGUGGACAUAGUAAAGCAUCUCUGCAUGCAUCUCACCCCUGCACCAUGAACCAGGCCACUCAGAGGGAUCUGCAGGAGAUCAGCAGGCCGAGAGGAGUGACUGGUCAGCUGCAGAGAGAAGGGCGGGGCUUUGACAAAGAGGAGGAGCUGAGAUGGAGGAUCAACCAGCUGGAGAAGGACAAGCUUGAGCUCACCUCCAAGUACAAUCAGGAGGUGUCUGGAUAUGAGGCUCAGCUCACUCGCUGUCGUGCUCUGCUGGAGAAAGGAGAAGCUCAGAGACAAACACUCGAGUACGAACUUGCCGUGGUGAAAAGAGACGCAGCCACUCAGAAAAAUCGCUAUGAGGAUAAGAUGGCUGACUUGAUCACACAUAACCAGCAGCUGGAAGGCCUCAGUGCGGAGCUGCGUCAGAGGGCCUCUGAUCUACAGAGAGCUUUGGAAAUCACUCAGCAGUCUCGCCGUGAUGAUGAGCGGAGCCUCCAGGCAGAGCUGCGUGAGAGGGACCAUCUGAUUCACAGUAUUAGCACAGAGAGAGAGCUGCUGCAGGAGGAGAACAGACGUCUGGACACACUGCUGCAGGAGCAGAAAGACACACUGCUGGAGCUGAAGGACAGGAUGGACAGUGUGCAAAGAGACAGAGAGCGAGAUGCUGAGGAGCUCAGAGUGAGGAUGGCUGAGCUGAGGAAGAGUAUGGAGCAUGAGGAGAUAAUGAAAAAGGAGUUAGAGACAGCCAUACAGAGAGUAAAGGCUCUAGAGGAGUGUGUGGAGUCAGAAAGAGCUACUCAUCUGGAGUUCAAGGUCAGCGCUGAGGUCAUUCAGCUGCGUCUCAGGGAUGUGGAAACGGCUCUGUCCGUAGAGAAGAGGAAUCAGGCUGAGGCUGUGUCCAGUCUGGAGCUGCUCAAACACAAAUUUGGAGAAGUGGAAGGAGCACACGCACGAGAGAGAGAGCGCGCUGACAGCACACAACACACACUGACACUACUGGAGCAGGAGUACCAGAACUCUAAAGCUGACCUGGUUGGCCAGCUGGAGAAAGCCAAGGCUGUCUCAGCUGAUCUGAUUGGUCAGCUGGAAAAAGCAAAGGUGACGUCGGCUGAUCUGAUUGGUCAGUUGGAACGAGAGAAAGCAGAGUCAGCUAAGCUGAUUGGUCAGUUGGAACAGGAGAAGGCGGAGUCAGCUAAGCUGUCAGUCAGACUGCAAGAACAGGAGAGAGCGCAGACAGAAAGAGGGCAAGAACUCAAUCUGGUUCAGAAAAGGCUGGUGUUUGUGGAGGAAGCAUAUGAAGGGUUUCUCAAAGAAAUGGAGCAGCUGUUACACCACCACCACCACCAGGGGGCACCACCCAACAACACCACAGGAGAUAAACAGAGCCCAUCUGCUCUGAUGGAUAGCUUGAGAAGAGUGUUACACCGCUAUCACACAGAGCUGAAGGACUUGGUGAAGGUGGUCGAUGCUCUGAACAAAGAGAAUAAAGACAAAGACGAGAUCAUCACUGACCACAGGAGACACAUACAGGAAUGUGAGGCUCGGUGUGUCUGUGUGAGCGAGGAGGCGGAGCGUCUGCGUGUGUGUGUUGCAGAUGCUGCAGACGCAACAGAGCGAGCACAGACAGAACUCUGUAGCAUCACGCUCCGCUGGGAGGAGGAGAGAGAGCAACAUGCACACACCAAAACAUGCAUACAUGCACUCAAACAAGAGCAUGAGAGGGAGCAGCAGGAGAAACUGGUCUUCCUGCACACUCUGUAUCAGCAGCUCCUCACUGGCUGUGUCUCAGUAGUCCCACUUCAGAGCAUGAUGGAUAGUUUUUCAUGGUCAGAGCUUAGUAUCAUGCUACAGGAGCAAGCAGACACCCUGACUGCUGACCUCAACUCAGCCAAACACAGGGUUGCAUGUUUGGAAAGUGCGUGUGAGGGGAAGGAGGCGGCACUGACGAGUGUGUGUGAGCAGUUGAAGCAAAGAGAGGAGAACUGGAUCAAACAGAGAGAGGAGCUAGACACACGCCAUACACACCUGAUCAACGAACUACACACCAGAGCUCAGGAUCUGAGGAGUCGUUUGGAUUACACUGAAGAGAAUCUCCGCAUUUCCGAGCGCACUCACUCCACCCUCCAACAGGACGUGAUCCGCCUUCAGGAGCUGGUGCAUGUGCGUCGCCGUGACAAUGUGUCCCUCCUGGCAGCGUGUGCUAUGCUGGCGGGGUGUGUGUGCGCGUUGCAUGGCCGUGUGUUUGCGCUGCUGCAUCAGAAAACCCUACUGCAGAAAAGAGUGUGUGAUGGCGAGUCUAUCCAAAAGGAAUUGAGUGCUCUACUGCAUGCACUCGGUGACCCUGGUGUCAAAGGUGAGAGCGGAGUUAGAGGGGGACUGUGGAAGUUUAGAGUGCAUGUGAUUGUUGCGAUGGCUGCCCUGCGUCUGCGCACUCUGUGCAAGAACACACACAUCCUGUUCAGAGUGGGUGGAGGUGUGUGUGUGAAUGAGCUGAGGCUGAGCAGCACAAACACUGAGGAAGAGGAGAACGAGAGAGUGAUGAAGAUGCUCACAUCCUCACAGCUGUGUAUAAUCUUAAAUACAUGCAUGCAGGAGGUGCAGACAGCGCUGCAGAGAACUGAGCAUGAUGUGUGUGUCUUAGCAGCUGCUCGCUCCAGCUUCACCAAACUGAUGGAGAAACUGCUGCCUGAGUCAGAAUCAAGUUACUAUGGUGAUGUGGGGUCGUUGGCACGGCAACUAGGUCACAGAUUGAAAAACCUCCGCAAAACUCAGCACCUCCCACUGAGACACAACAACAGCAAGGUCAUGCUCUCUGCCCUGCAGCAGCACUUCCUGGUGUUUACUCAGCAUUUACACUCCGCUGAGGUUGAGAGGAGAGACCUGAGGAUCGAACUUUCACGUAUCAAACGCAAAAAUGGGCACGCACACAAUGGGAUAAAGGACACCUCUCACACUCCGAGUGAGACGAAGGACAACUCGCACAGAUCAUGUGUGCCGGUGCAGCAGUUCCAAAGUGUGUGUGAGGAGUUGAGCUCAGCUUUGUGCAGGGAACAGCAAGCACAGACCCUCCUUCAUGAACAGGCCACACAGCUGCAGGAGCUUGGCAUUACAAUGGAGACACACACCUCAGAACAGCUGGAAAAAGACCAUACACUCGCUCAGGCUGUACAGAGUCUGUCUGAUACGAAGGUGGAGCUUAAGAGGAAAGAGCAAUCUCUGCGGUUGCUUGGGAAACGGCUUAGCCAAUCACAGCAAGAGAAAGAGGAGCUACAGCAGAGCAUCAGCAGAGUGGAAAACAUACUGCGCAUGGCAGCUAGGAAUAAAGAGUAUUUAUCGAGCUACAUCAUGUCCGUGGAGUGCAGACUGAAGGAGCUGAAGGAUCGACUCCUCCUUUCUCGCUCCACGUCCUCACGAGAUGACUUCACCCUACACUUACCCACAAUGCACCAGGACACACAGGGCCUGGAGCUGGGUGGUGGAGGAGCGGAGAUGAAGGCAUGUCAGGCUCUGGUGCGCAGUUUUACAGAUGUGUAUGAGUUAGUAUGUAGUAAGAUGGCGUGUCUGGAGAGAGAGAUCUCCUCAUAUCAGUCACACAUCACCACUCUGAAAGCUGAGUUACACGACGCCUGCGUACGAGAGAACCAGUGCUAUCUGAUUGGAAGUACUGACACGCUGGCUCCUCUUUCUGAAGCAGAAGGGAAUUGUGGGAUACCAGCGCUCUCACACACUGGUGUCACAGUGAAGGAUGUCCCCAGAAACAUGCACACACUCCAAAAAAAGUCCACUGUUCCACCAAAGAAGAGAAGUGUGAAAAAAUCCUCCAAAAUCUCCACAAGUACCAAAAGUGCCUCAAAACCAUCAACAUAGCAACUCUCUAUUACACACUGAAAUGCAUUUUGUACUAAAUUGUACUUUUUUGUAGAAUUUGCCUUUUAGAAAAUAAGAGCAUUUGUUUUAUA